AUGUAUUCACUGUUCCUAGCCCUCCUGGGGACAGCUCUGGCUUUACCCUUAAAUCAAGAUAUAUCCACUCAGUAUGGACACUACCGCUUACCUGGAGAAUCUCAUCCCACCUUAUACGAUGUCCAGCUGGUCAUUGACCCGGGUAAAACGGAUACAUUUACGGGCAGCGUCUAUAUCCGGAUCAUUCCUGAAAUAAACACACAAGAAAUCGUCAUGCAUGCUAUGGAAAUGACAAUAAACAGCAUUCGUCUGAACACAGCAAUCAAUGCUGGUGUGAAUCUAUAUGAUAAUUAUACUAUGGCAACUGAUGACACGCAUUUUCUAAGAAUAAGAACAACUCAGCAGUUGGUUGCUUUGCAGCUUAUUGAAGUGAACAUAGAGUUUGAGUCAAAAUACGCAGAUAAUAUGUUCGGGUUGUAUGUAUCAACGUUUGAGCAGCCAGGUGUUGGACGUGUGAACCUUGUGACGUCACAGCUGCAGCCUACUUUUGCUCGCCGCGUAUUCCCUUGCUUCGAUGAACCCAAAUAUAAGGCAGUGUUUAGAAUGACGGUAUACGCACCUCCCGCUUACCCAACUGUCAGAACCAACAUGCCUCUGAGAACUGAUCUUUCAAAGCCCGCACUACAGGGAUUCAACAAAUACGAAUUUCAAGACACUCUAGUACAGUCAUCAUACCUUCUAGCUUUCCUCGUCUCAAACUUUGAAUACAUCUCCAACGAACAAAAUGCGAUCUUCAACACUACCUUCAGGGUAUAUUCUAGACCUGGAACUCAGAGUACAGCAGCAUUCGCUUUAGAUUUUGGUCAAAAGAACAUGGUUGCAUUGGAAGAAUACACCAACUUUAAGUACGCAUUACCUAAACUCGACAAAGUGGCUGUUCCAGACUUUGCAGCUGGUGCAAUGGAAAAUUGGGGACUUGUUAUUUACAGAGAGGUCGCUCUUCUAGCAACUGAGGGUGUGACUACAACAUCUACUCUCCAAAAUAUAGGACGCAUCAUCUGCCAUGAGAACAUGCAUAUGUGGUUCGGUAAUGAAGUCAGCCCCGACAGCUGGACCUACACUUGGCUCAAUGAGGGUUUCGCCAACUUCUUUGAGAACUUUGGAACCGAAUUAGUGCUACCAGAAUGGCGUAUGAUGGAUCAGUACGUUUUGCUGGUACAAGGCGUCUUCCAAAACGACGCCGUGCUCAGUGUCAAUCCUAUGACACACCCUGUAUACACACCAUCUCAGGUCAUCGGAACUUUUAAUGCUGUUGCUUACCAGAAGUCGGGUUCGGUCAUUCGUAUGAUGCAGCAUUUCGUGUUGUGCAGAAGUCUUCCGAAAGGUCUAAAUAUUUCCCGUAAUGCUGUAACUCCACCAGAUCUUUUCAUAUCCCUUCAGCAAGCUCUAGAUCAAUCUUCUCAUAGCCUUCCCAUCCAAGUGGCUACUAUCAUGCAGAGAUGGACCACUCAGGGUGGCUUCCCAGUUCUUACAGUAGAAAGACAGGCAGCGAGUGCACAAUCCAUUUCUAUUGCACAGCGUCGGUUCCUGACCGACCCAGCUUUGUCAGCAAAUGACGCUUGGCAUGUGCCAGUAAACUGGGUUCUGUCCACGACCCCAGACUUCAGUGACACAAAGGCUCAAGGAUGGGUAUUGCCGAACAGUCCAGCUUUGUCAGUUGACAUCCCUGGCUUACCUGAUGCUGAUUGGUAUAUCAUCAAUAAGCAGCAGACAGGAUACUACCGAGUCAAUUAUGACCUACAGAACUGGAGAGCACUGGCCAACGCUUUACAAACCUCACACAGUGUUAUUCAUUUAUUAAAUCGGGCACAAAUCGUUGAUGACUCUUUCAACUUGGCAAGGACUGGACGACUAGACUAUGAAAUCCCGUUGGAAAUAUCACGUUACCUCGUGAAUGAGACGGAUUACAUCCCUUGGGGAUCCAUAAACAACGCAUUUGCCUAUUUGGAUGUUGUUCUCGCUGGUACACCUGCACACGCUCUCUUCCAGAGAUACAUUCGUGAGCUAACCGCACCACUCUACGAAGAGCUUGGUUUCGAAGCUAAAACAAGCGACGAGCACGUUACCGCUUACCAUCGGAACAUCAUUCUUAACCUAAACUGUCGCCAUGGCAACGAGCACUGCGUUAAUCGCACGCAAGAGUUAUUACAGCAGUUCAAAAAUAACGAAAAUAAUCGCCCAAAGCCAGAUAUUCAAACAAUAGUGUUCUGCUCUGGUCUGCGUGGUGGUGACGUUGACAACUUCAACUUCUUAUGGGACAGAUUUAUAGCCAGCCAGGACUCUAGCGAACAAUCUAUUCUUUUGAACUCGCUGGCUUGUACUUCUAACCCUGAAUUACGUAGCUUUUUCCUGAACCAAGUUAUUGACGACACAUCACCUGUGCGCGAGCAGGACAGACAUACAAUUAUUGUUGCAACUAUUAAUUCAAGUCCGGAGAGCAUGGAAGAGGCUUUGGACUUUGUUAUUGAAAAUUUCGCAGCCAUUCAACCGAGAGUACAAGGACUGACCGGAACAUCGAACAUAUUAAAUGCAUUCGCAAGAAGAUUAACAUCUCAAGCACAUUCUCAAAAGAUUGAGGCGUUCGUGACACGUUACCAGAACAUAUUCUCCGCUGCUGAGUUGGCGGGAGUGGCCGGCAUCCGGGAAAACGUGGCUUCAUCCAUUGCGUGGAGCGAAAAUAACUACGAAACUGUUAAUAGUUGGUUUAGCAGCUACUAUCGCAGCAAUGCUGUCGCAAUUAGCUCAAGUCUAAUAAUUUUGAUGUCUAUCUUCGUGUCUAUUUUUAACUACUAA